AUGAACGCAACGUUAGAAGAAGUUGUGAAAUCGCAUGGUAAUCGUGCUGUGAGAUCAAACCCUCCACAUGGUUUAGAUUUCCAUAUUACUGAACAAGGUUCAGACUGGUUGUGGGCUGCCUUCUCAAUCUUUGGGUUCUUAGCUGUAGUCUACAUUGGUCUAUUCUUUGUUGCUGAAGCUAAGGGUACUUCAUUAACUAAAUAUGCAUUGGCAUCAACUUUAUUGAUAUCAAUGUUUAAUUUCUUCGGUUAUUACACAUAUGCUUCAAACUUAGGUUGGACAGAUGUUCAAGCUGAAUUCAACCAUCUACAUGUGCAUCCAAGUAUUACUGGUUUAUCUCCAGGUGUGAGACAAAUUUUCUAUGCUAAAUAUUGUGCCUGGUUCUUAUCAUGGCCUUUAUUGGUUUUCUUGACUGAAAUGACUGGUAUGUCUAUCAGUGAAGAAGGUAAAUUAGAAGAAUUAAACGUCAUUGAUACUAUCCAUUCAUUGUUGUUCCAAAUUGUUGGUUCUGCAUUUUGGGUCGUUGCUUUAUUAGUCGGUUCUUUAAUCAAGUCUACCUAUAAAUGGGGUUACUGGGUUUUCGGUUGUGUUGCUAUGUUAUUAGUUCAAGGUGUCUUUAUCAAGAGACAAUUUGUUGAUUUGAAGAUUAAAGGUUUCACCUUAUGUAUGCAUGUUACUGCUAUGUUAAUUGUUUGGUUAUACUUCAUCUGUUGGGGUUUAUCUGAAGGUGGUAACAGAAUUCAACCAGAUUCAGAAGCUGUUUUCUACGGUAUCUUGGAUGUUUGUAUCUUUGGUAUCUAUCCAGCUUACUUAUGUUUCAUUGCCCAAUAUUAUGGUACCACACCAAAGAUGUCUUGGAAGAUGAAUAGUCCAUUCCAUAAGCAUGAAGAAGAUGAAGAAGAACAUUUCACAAAGGAAGCUCAACCAGAUUCCCCAAGAAAUUCAGGUGAAACUCAAGUUCAACCUGAAGAAGGUGAAUCUACUCCAGCUGCUGCUGAAGCUCAAUCCUAG